CUCCGGCGGCGGGAGAGCGGCUGGCUCGCCCGGAUCCCAGGCCGGGGAGGUGCACAGCGGCGGGACCGAGCCCCGCGCGCGGAGCGGCCACCAUGGUGCUGUCGGUGCCGGUGAUCGCGCUGGGCGCCACGCUGGGGACGGCCACCAGCAUUCUCGCGCUGUGCGGGGUCACCUGCCUGUGCCGGCACAUGCACCCCAAGAAGGGGGUGCUGCAGCGGGACCAGGACCCCGAUCCGGAGAAGGCGAGGCCCGGCGUGCUCGGGUCCGCCCAACAGUUCAAUGUCAAAAAGUCUACGGAGCCCGUCCAGCCCCGAGCACUCCUCAAGUUCCCAGACAUCUACGGACCCAGGCCGGCUGUGACGGCCCCAGAGGUCAUCAACUAUGCAGACUAUACGCUGAGGACCACGGCGGAGCCCGCUGCACCUGCCAGCCCCCAGGCCCCAAAUGACAGCCGCCUCAAGAGGCAGGUCACAGAGGAGCUGUUCGUCCUUCCUCAGAAUGGUGUAGUGGAGGAUGUUUGUGUCAUGGAAACCUGGAACCCAGAGAAGGCUGCCAGUUGGAACCAAGCCCCCAAACUUCACUACUGUCUGGACUAUGACCGGCAAAAGGCUGAACUGUUUGUGACUCGCCUGGAAGCUGUGACCAGUGACCAGGACGGAGGCUGUGACUGCUAUGUCCAGGGCAGUGUGGCCAACAGGCUGGGCUCCGUGGAGGCCCAGACGGCCCUGAAGAAGCGGCAGCUGCACACCGUGUGGGAGGAAGGCCUCGCGCUCCCCCUGGCGGAGGAGGAGCUCCGCACAGCGACCCUGACACUGACCCUGAGGACCUGCGACCGCUUCUCCCGCCACAGUGUGGCUGGGGAGCUGUGCCUGGGCCUGGAUGGGGUGUCGGUGCCCCUGGGGGUCGCCCAGUGGGGAGAGCUGAAGACUUCAGUUAAGGAGCCGUCCGCAGGGACUGGGGAGGUUCUUCUAUCCAUCAGCUACCUCCCGGCUGCCAACCGCCUCCUAGUAGUACUGAUUAAAGCCAAGAACCUCCACUCUAACCAGUCCAAGGAGCUCCUGGGGAAGGAUGUCUCGGUCAAGGUGACCUUAAAGCACCAGGCUCGGAAGCUGAAGAAGAAGCAGACAAAACGAGCCAAGCACAAGAUCAACCCCGUGUGGAAUGAGAUGAUCAUGUUUGAGCUGCCGGAUGACCUGCUGCGGGCCUCCAGCGUGGAGCUGGACGUGCUGGGCCAGAGCGCUGACGGGCAGAGCUGUGCGCUUGGGCACUGCAGCCUGGGCCUGCACGCCUCGGGCUCCGAGCGCAGCCACUGGGAGGAGAUGCUUAAGAACCCGCGCCGGCAGAUCGCCAUGUGGCACCAGCUGCACCUGUAGCCCAGGCCACCGCCCUCCUCGGGCACAGCCCGCCACCCCCUCCACCCCCGUCAGCCCCAGCUGUCCUCUGCGCCCUCCUCUUAUGCCCCAUCCACGGUCUGACACCCGAAGACAGACUUAUGUGCAAAGACCAGGACCCUCCCUCUUCCUCUCCCAUCACGCUCCCGUUUCUUAAAAACGAGCAGGGCAGGGCAGGAUGGAGAGGGGACAUUUGGGUCACUGAAGAAUAUAUUUGUCUCAUCUGGUUGUCGAAGAGACUCUUAUCAAAUACAGCCUGUGACAUGUUUUGGCAGUGGGCAUCAGGCUGGAUGCAGAGAAAGCCAAAUGUAGGGAAUUAAUGGAUGCAAAGACGGUGGCUUUGUAAAAAUAAGCAGCUCAAAUGAUGACGGGAGUUGCCGUUGUGGCUCAGCAGAAGUGAAUCUGACUAGUAUCCACGAGGACACAGGCACUCCCUGGCCUCAC